CCUGAGUGAAGAAUGUAUAAAAUACCAGGACCAUGUGAUGGGGAUAGUAUUUCUCGCUGCAGCCCAAAGUGGCAGAUCGGAAGUACCGUCUGCAGUGUUUGGGGGUAAAGUAGGACCAUCUGCAACCAGCUCUCAGAUGAGAAGGGAGAAAGUGUGGACGUGGGUGUCUGUGUACAUAACAGAAAGAGCUAAGAGGAAGAGCUAAAACAAAUGUGAAGAGACACAGCGUUGAAAAAUAAAGUGCAACUGAGUACGUUUUAAACAUCCCCUUGGCUUUCUGCGACCGUUCGUGAAUCCGGCAACAUCCAGUCUAACAGGAAGGCGCCCUGAGGAGCUGUCCAAAAAGGCUUUUCUAGGCAGAAGGGAGCGAGGGCUCGUGUUCACCGGAAGCGGGGCUUGAGCUCACCUGAUGUGGGACUCGAACUCACAAACCAUGAGAUCAUGCCCUAUACCGAAGUCAGAUGCUUAACUGACUGAGCCACCCAGGCACCCCCUUUUGUCUUGUUUUUAACAACAGCUAACAUUCAAGGAAUCUACGUGAAGGGUAUAGGGAGAUUCUUUUCAGUAAGUCUGAAAUGCUUUCAAACUAACUUUAAAGCCUUCCCUUGUCCUUCAGGAAAAACCCCCCUCACCAGCCCCACUCCCUCCAGGGGCCCAGACCAGCCUGAAGUCCACGUUUGCAGCCCUAUGCCUUCAUCUCCCCCAAUUCCCUCUGCCUCAACACAGUACCCCCACCACCAUCCCCUGUGCCCCCCACACUUCUGACCACCCCUACCCCGGCCUGGCCCAUCCCUUAACCCGCUCUGUACCCCGGGUGACCCACCGAACUUCCCCCACGUAAACUCUCGUCACGGCAGACCUCGUCACCGCCAAGCGCUAAGUCGUGACCACAGAGAACUUGUCCCGCCCGUUCUUCGUCGCCGUCCGUCUUUCUGUCCACACUGCGAGGUUGGAUUAUCAUCCCCAAUUCACAAGCCGGAAAAGGAAGCAGAGAAAAGUGACGUGGCCCGGCUAGAAAGAAGCAGGGGCUGGGUUGGAGCCUGACUCUUAAGGACCGAUCCACCACGUGCCAGCUGCCGUGGCCCACGCUCAGCGGCAUUGGCUAAGGCUGGUGGGGCCGGGGCGAGGCGCUCCCCUGACAUGAGGACGGCGGUAAUGAGGCUUUGGGACAGCCUGGCACGUGGGGGGCCCUGCCACCUGUGAGCCAGUCUGCUUGUGGUUAAUAGACUUUACUUCUCUGAACUGCCCAGGAUUUAGCACAGAGGUCCCAGGUUCCCCGCACCCAGGGCCCCGUACAGUUACCAUCUCACAUUGGGGCAGUACGUUUAUUGGUUGAUGAACCACUGUCGAUCCACUGUUACAAACUUAAGUCCAUUUCCUUGGCCUCUACCUAAAGUCCUUGUUCUGCGCCAGGAUCCCAUCCAGGAGGCCCCGUUAUAUUUAUUGUCCAUCCUUGUUAUUUUCCAUUAGUAACAGCCACGGUCCCAUUGAUGUCCUGACCCUCAGGACAGCCCCGUGAGGGGCCACUAGUCUGUUUACCAACCUGUCCGCCCACCAUCCAUCUGCACACUCUUAGGGCAGGGGCAGUGUCUCGGCCUCUGGGGCCUGCACAGCCGUCCGAGGGCCCGGUUAGUAAAUUAACCCAGCCUGCUGCCCGCCCCCACGGCCCCCGCAGCUCUCGGUGGCCCGGAGGCCCCAGUGCAGACAGGAGGCCCUGGAGAGCCAGACUGGGCAGGGAAGGGAUGCUGAGGGACUUGGAACCACCUCCUCCACCUGCCUGCAGCCUCAACCGUACCAGAAGAUUCCCUCCUCCCCACCUCCCAGCCAGGAUCACUCAGCGGAGCCAGCAUCAACCCCCAGCUGGAAGGCAGGAAGUCAGGGUGAGGGGCAAUUUUCAGAGCACCUUCAGGGCCCGGGCCUGGGAGGGUGCCUUCUUUGGCCUUCAGGGAGGGAAUUUCACCAGAGCCCCUGGUGGCCAGGCUCCUCCAGGUGGGCCCCCUUUGCCCCUAGAAGUUUCCAGUCACCACCUCCCCCAUAUAAGGCCUGGGCGUCACCGGGUCAUGAGUGAGUGGGGAUCGUUAUGGUGGCCGUGGUGUAUUUGAUGACAAGAGCCUCGGCCAUGGUCUGGGAUGGCUGCGUGGCAUUGCUGCUGCUGCUGCUGGUGGCCGCUCUGGGGCUGGGGCAGCAGCCGCACCCUGAGCCUGGUCUCCGGGGCCUGCGGCACAGCUCUGACUGUGGGAUCAAGGGCAUGCAGCUGCUGGUGUUCCCCCGGCUGGGCCAGACCGUCCGCUUCAAGGUCGUAGAUGAAUUUGGGAACCAAUUCGAGGUCCACAACUGCUCUGUCUGCUACCACUGGGUCACCGCCAGGCCCCUGGGACCCGCCGUCUUCUCCGCUGACUACAGAGGUUGCCACGUGCUGGAGAAGGACGGGCGCUUCCACCUGAGGGUGUUCGUAGAAGCCGUGCUGCGCGACGGUCGAGUUGACGCGGCAGGAGAGGUCACCCUGAUCUGUCCUAAACCUGGCCACACCUGGACUCCGGAGUCCCACCUGGCCUCACGCACAGGCUUCUCCCUGCCUACUCCUCCUACCCGGCCCCUCCGCCCCACCCAGGAGCACAGCUUCACCCGUCCGACCCCUGCCCUGCUGCCCCUUAGACCUGGAGCCACCCGUCCCACCCUGACUCUGCCCCAGUGGGACAUCUUGGAACACUGGGGGGUUGACGAGCCCCUUCAUCCAGGGGCACCUCUGACCUGGGAGCAGUGCCAGGUGCCCUCUGGGCACAUCCCCUGUGUGGUGAGAAGAGGUUCGAAGGAAGCCUGUCAGAAGGCUGGCUGCUGCUAUGACCACAGCAGAGCGGUUCCCUGUUACUAUGGCAACACAGCAACUGUCCAGUGCUUCAGAAAUGGCCAUUUCGUCCUGGUGGUGUCCCAAGAAACAGCCUUGGCACAUGGGAUCACGCUGGCCAAUAUCCACGUGGCCUAUGCCCCCACCAGCUGCUCCCCGACUCAGGACACGGGGUCCUUCGUGGUCUUCCAAUUCCCUCUGACCCACUGUGGGACCACCGUCCAGGUGGUUGGCAACCAGCUCCUCUAUGAGAACCAGCUGGUGUCAGACAUCGACGUCCGAAUGGGGCCACAGGGCUCCAUCACACGGGACGGCGCCUUCCGGCUUCACGUGCGCUGUACCAUCAACGCCAGUGACUUCCUGCCGCUCCGGGCGUCUAUCUUCCCACCCCCCUCGCCGGCCCCCGUGAUCCAGUCUGGCCCCCUGCGGUUCCAGCUGCGGAUCGCCACGGAUGAGACUUUCCGCUCCUUCUACGAGGAGGGGGACUACCCCAUCGUGAGGCUGCUCCGCGAGCCUGUGUCCGUGGAGGUCCGGCUCCUGGACAGGACAGACCCCGGUCUGGUCCUGCUGCUGCACCAGUGCUGGGCCACUCCCAGCGUCAGCCCCUUCCAGCAGCCUCAGUGGCCCAUCCUGUCAGAGGGGUGUCCUUUCGACGGUGACAGCUACAGGACCCGAAUGGUAGCCUCAGACGGGGCAGGGCUGUCCUUCCCAUCACACCACCAGCGCUUCACCAUCACCACUUUCGCCCUCCUGGACCCUGGCUCCCAGAGGGCCCUCAGGGGACAGGUUUACUUCUUCUGCCACUCCUCUGCGUGCUCCCCCUCGGGGCUGGAGACGUGCUCGACCAUGUGCAGCUCUAGGCCCGCUAGACAGCGACGAUCCUACACUCCGCACGGCGCGGCCACCGGGCCGCAGAACCUCGUGAGCUCUCCAGGGCCAGUGGACUUUGAGGAUUCCUCCGGGCAGGAGCCCCCGCUGGGGCCCACAGGCUCCCCCAGGAACGCUAACCAGAGGCCUCUCCUCUGGGUGGUCCUUCUGCUGGUGGCUGUGGCCCUGGUCCUUGGGGUCGGGGUUUUCGCGGGCCUGAGCCAAGAAGCCCAGAAGCUCCAGGAGGGCGACAGAGGGCGACUGGGCUCAAUAAAGCACCGUGUCCAGCCUGCCCAGAGGGUGUGGAAAGCUAUUCGUGGCGACUAGAAAGAUUCGGUCUCAGAAGCGUGUUCCUUCGUGUCAGGUCUGUCGUGUCAGAACGGUGACCUCUUCGACAAAUACUUAAUGUGGGCCGCGCCCUGGGGAGAGUCCAGUGUCUCCCAAGGCUGAUUCGGGAGACUUUGCCUUUCAGCAAGGAGAGACGGCAUUCCAGAGAGAACCAGAUAAGCGAGGGUAGAGGAGGGUACAAUCACAGCAGAGUCCGAGCCCCAGUAGGUAGGAAUGGGGAGCCCCGAGGGUGAAAUGGCCCGUGAAGGCCUGACCCCGUCGCCCAGACAUGGGAGUUCUGACUUUCUCACAGCACGCUGCUCAGCUCCCCGUGGGGAAGGGGCACCCAGAGCUCCUGGGGCCUUGAAAGAACUCUUCAGUCUUGCUCUGAGCCUCAGCUUCCCGCUAAAGGAUGCUGGGGCCCGCCAGCCUCCCUCUCCCCUCCUUCAGCACACGCCGCCCCCCCCCCCCCCCCCGCCAGACUAGUCCACUCCCGGGCUGACACAGCAGCCUCUUGGCCCUGAUGCUGGCUGCCACAGCGGGCCUGGCCCCCCCCACAGCUCAGUACCAGCGCUGGUUGUGUGGCUGACUUUCGUGUGCCCCUGUAGGACCUAGGCCUUCAUCUCUGACUUGGCCACAAAGAACUUUCCAGACUGACCUGUAGAUCUAGGCUGGGAAGGGGUAGCAGUUGGGAGGGGUUGGGGGGGUGGGGUAGGGUUCAGCCUCUGGUGACAGGAGCGAAUAAUCUGGUAGGUGGGUCCAAACUUGACUUUCGAUCUUUUUUCUAAAGGCCUUGGUGGGGCAUGAGCUGUGACAGGGAACCACACAAGUGAGGCCGGGGGCCUUGACACUAGGCAGGGGCUUCUCUUUUCUGGCCCGCUCUACCUUCUCGGUCUGGGGAUACUGGUCAAAUAGAGGGGCUCCAAAAAUCAAGCUGCUUUGUUACAACCCCAGUUCUGUCUCUUAUUAGCUGUAAUACUGAGUUACUGAACUUUUGGGAGCCUGUUUCCCCCUCUGGAAAAUGGGGGUGAUCCCCAUCCCCAUCCCCAUCCCCACAGGGGUGUUAGGUAAAUUAACAGAAGAAUCCCUCAAGGAGCACAUGACAACAUUUACUGAACGCCGUAAACUACUAGAAUUUUUCUUCUCUGCCCCAAGCUUCAUGCUUUGCUUAAACUCUGAAGACCAGUUUAUAGCCCAGAGGAGGAGGGGCUGGGGAAAAGGCUCGCUGGGGGUGGCAGCAUGGAUCUUCGGGCCCGAGUGUUCUAGACACUUGUCGUGGGAGUUAGCCAAGGAACUUCCCUUGUCUGGGGCUGCCUUCCCGCUGUGACCAGGGAUGGCCAGUGCUGUCCGACCUCCUGGCCUGUACUCGGGGCCAGGGUGAAAUUAUGAGGAUUCGUAGCUUUGGUGUUGGGUGAAGAAGCCAGACUGACUUGGUCUGAAGGGGUCAAGGUUCUGGUUCGUCCAUCCAGGACCGACUCUUCUUUCUUACCACGGCCUUCAUCAUCCAGGCUCACGUAGGCAUUUCAAAUGGCACAGAAGGGUGGUUCUAUGAAUUGCAUCGAUGCUGUGCUUAACCUCGAUUCUGUAGAUCCCACAUGGAAUCACAUUAUGUAACUUUAAGGGUGUCGUGUGUGUUUUCUUACCACAAAGGUAGACCUCUUGAGUUAUUCCCUAUUUUAAUAGCUGCCGUCUCUUCCAUAUCGCCGUUAAACUGAUACAUUUGAUCUCCUUUGGGUAGAAUUCAAAUCUAUGAAUGUGAACCCUUGUUAUCUAAGCAUGGGAUUCUUUGUAUACAGUUCUCUCAGAAGUUCUCAGAACCGCUGGAUCAAAAGCUGU